AAGAAAGAGACGAUCCGUGAAAAGAACAGGACUGCCGCGACAAAGUACCGCAACAAGAUAAAGAAGGGCGCCGAGGAGCUGCAGGAGAUGGAGAGCCAGCUCUCCGAGAAGAACAGAAUUCUCAGCGGACAUGUCGAGUGCCUGCGUAACGAGAUCCUGUCGCUCAAGACAGAGAUCCUGCGGCACGGCACCUGCGAGAGCCCGCUGAUACAAGAGUACAUUAUGGAGACGGCC